AUGGCGACGGGUUCCUUAAUUGUUCGGUCUCAAUCGACAGAAGAGUGUCCAUCGACUUCUGAGGAUAUGGAUUCAAAACCUCUACCGUCUGAGUCUUCCUCAGCUACAGACUCUCAGUCUGGCUCGGAUUCAGCCAUGAUGGCACCACGAAGACAUUCGUUUAGAGAAGUGCGACAAGUAGCGUCGAGUUCGGAUGAAGACGAAGAUGACGAUGAAGAUGGUAGUCUAAAGAAGAGGAAGUUUUCUAUGGAUCAGCACAGGUCGAGAAGUAUGAAGAAAGAGAACAGGUCACGGCACGAGAUACCCAACUUUAUCAGCCGACUUGAAGAUGCUGCGGCUGCAUUCAGUCCUUUGGCUCGAAUCGCGACAACGAGCAGUAUGAAUGCUGAGUUCUUGGCUCCAAGCCCGGUUAACAAAAAGGUAUGUUAGCUUCAAUUAUAAUUUUUAUAUUUAGGGUAAUGCGACCUGAGACUAACGAACUUUUUGAAAGAUGAUUAACUUACAACAAUAUCUGUUAUCAAUAUAUUAUUUUCAGACUCAGCAAAGUCGACCGAACUCACCCUCACACAGUGGUACUCUUCAACGUCCCUUAGCUGUUGCUUCGCGUCAUCGUUUGGCUUCAAUCCGACGUGAAUCUGACUGUGGGCAGGAGAAUGAAGUGGCUCAUGAGAAGAUGGUGAAGACUACACAACAAGUGUCUACAGGGUUUGAAGACUUUUGUAUUGAUGAGAAGGUCGCGGAAGAAAGAAAGCGGGCCAAAAGCUUGGCCGAACCUAUAUCUGUGUUUACAAACGCCUUCUUGCCGCAAAGCUCAUCACCCUCGCCUACAAGAGCUACUGUUGAGGCUCAAAAAAUUAAAGUAAGUUCUUGAUUUGUUUUUUUUUUUAAUUUAGGUGAAUAUCUUAAUUACUUUGUAAAGAAACAAUUGAACAUGUUUUUACUAUAUUAUAAUGUUAUUUUCAGCAAUGUUACUCACCGUCGACUAAUCAGGUUGUUAGGAGUAACAUUUCCUACUCGCCAAGCCCAUCUCCAACUCCAUCUAGUCCGUCUAGAUCGAGAAUCAUGAGAAGUAUGUCACCAAUCGCUGUGAGACAAGUAUCAAAAAGAAGGUACACAGCUACUGGAGGAUCGCUGUCUGGUAGGGAAAGUGAUAACGACAGUCAGUUUGGGUAAGACAUUAACUAAUGCAUUAAUUUAAUUUUUCUAACUUAAGACAGUAGCCUAUCUUAAUAUAUGUUGAAAAACUUUUUUAAAUUAAAUUUUGAUUUUUAUAUUUUUUAACUACAAUAUAUGAUUUUAGAAGUUCGAAACGAAGUUGUAUUGUACGAAGCGCAGCUUCACCUCUUGUUCGAGAUUCUUUAAGUGCGGUGGACACUCAAUCUGACUACCGAUCUUCUUCACCAUUGUCAGUUUGUUCAAAUUCAAGCUUUAGUCAAGUUAACAGAGCCAAACUGGCUGACAACCCUUCCAAUCAUCAAAAGUAAGUAUCCCAUGGUCUAUUUUUAUGGCUUUUUAUAUUUUAACUGUGGUAUUCUACUGUUAUUAGUUAUCUUUUGGCAUAUUUCGUAAUAUUUUCAAUGUUUAUGCUUAUUUUUAAAGAUUAAGUUAACAUAAUAAAAGUAAAGUUUUUAAAUAUUGUAAAUCUUCAGCUCUAUCGAUUCUGACGACAAUGCUACGAUCGACGAUGCUCUAACCGAUCAGUUUUACCUAAACGCGCCUAAUGAUGCUUGUUCUACGACGUCGAUUUCGCGGACGGAAACUCCAAUCGAUGAGCAGAUGAUGACCGAGGUAAGUGGCCUUGACCAUCGCUGCCACGGUCUAAACCUUGACACAAACAAAAGUUUAUUGGCUUUUUAUCGGACAAUAUGUUUUGGGAAAAAAGUUUGCGUACAUAGAGUAAAAAACGUUACAGUAGUGUAACUUUAUUUGGAACGAUAGAUUUGUUACCAAAUUUUCUAAACUACUGAUUUUGGACUGAAAACUUACGUUUUUGAGUAAAAAAGACAUAAAAGUUGUGGUUUGUGAUAAAGAAAACUUUAAAAAGAAACGUUUUUGUUGUUUUAUCACAUAAUGAUUACGUUUUGCAGGAAGCAGAACCAGCUGCAGUCGUGUUUGGACCUCGGAAUCAACCUAUUUCGAUUCGCGACAGUCCUCUACCACCUCCAUCGCCGCUGGCUUCAAAGUCGAUUACAUUUACUUGA